GAUGAGGGAUCUUCAGGGUGUUGACAGCUUGCUCUUGAAGGAGCUGAAGUCAUGCUGUGCAGAAGAGGACAACUUUCUUCCCAGAGAAACGGGCCUGAAGUUGAUGGAGUCCACAGCCCCAGAGGUUCACUCUGGAGUUUCUGCAAAAUGCAGAGACAGUAGGGUGGAAGAACUGUGGAGUCUGACUAAUUUCUUUGGCUACAGGACUCAGACUUUUGUCCAAGCUGUCAAUUUGCUCGACAGAUUUCUCACCAACAUGAAGGUCCAGCCCAAACACGUGCCCUGCAUCGGCGUGUGCUGUCUUCACAUUGCUGCCAAAAUGUUCGAGGAAGAGAGCGACAUCUCUCCCUCGCACGAGCUCAUCCGCAUCAGCCAAAGCAAGUUCACCGUGUCCGACCUCGGCCGCAUGGAGAAAAUCAUUMUGGAGAAACUCUGCGUGGAGCCCAAAGCUGUGACGGCCCUGACCUUUCUGCACCUCUACUACUCAGCUGUCAGCUCCCUGAACGCAGGAAGGGAAGAGAUCCCGAGCAUCGGGAGACUGGAAGCCCAGCUAAAAGCCUGCUUAUGUCGUCUUGUUUUCUCCAAAGCAAAACCGUCAGUGUUGGCUUUGUCCCUGAUUGCUCAAGAGUUUGAAUCCCUUCAGUCCAUGACGUUGUUGAAGCUUGUCCAGCAAUUCCAAAGACACUUAAAGAUCAGCGACGGCAAGCUGCUCCACUGGAAGGAGCUCGUGACCAAGUGCAUGACUGAGUACCGCUCCAGUGAAUGCAACAAACCAGACAACAAGAAACUCGUCUGGAUCCUGUCCAGGAGGACAGCUCAGAGUCUUCAGACCCGUCACUUGAGCGCGCCCGGCCUUCCAACCAUUCCUGAGAUGAGCUGGGACGAGAGCGAGAGCGAGGACUCCUGUGAGGACAUGAGCAGUGGAGAAGAAAGUCCAUGUGGCUCGUUGGGAAGUGACGGUGAAGGAGCGUUCUUUCCUUCCACGUUCCUCGACUGUGUGGAGUGACUGCUGUGCGUUACAAAGUAACAGAUGUGUAAUUUUCCCCUGAAUCGUAUGACUUCAGGGGAAACUUGUGUACUUUGUGUGUCUUUAUCAUAAAUGCAAAGUGACUGAUUUUUUUAUUAUAAAGUGCCUGUGUUUAAUCAGUUUGUUGUCUGCUUCUGCAAUGAAAAACAUCUUAAUGAUGCAGUAUGGAAAAAACGCAAUACUCUUGGCAGCUUGAUAUUAAUACAACUUCAUGUAUUUUUCCAAGUUCUCUUUGUGUUUGACACGUUUUAGUAGAAAUAGAAAUAGCACAAAGAAGAACCGAAGAAUGUGUUCAGUACCAGCUAACAUACUCAAACAUUCUGAAUAUUUUGUAGUUUUUUUAAAUACUUGAUACCAGUAUUAUGCAUAUCAAUGGAUCAAUAUUCUCAUGUGUUAUAUAUGACAUGUUUAGUGGGAAACUGUAAAUGCAUGGACAUUAAAUUAUGUGAUUAUGCAUGUUGUCUUGUUUACCGAGAUAAGCUUACUGUGAAAUGAAAAAAAAAAAAAAA